AUGGCAGCGUUGCCAGGAGACCUAAUCGGUGGAACAGAGCUUCACUGGUUGAAAAGGCCUCUGCCGCUGAAAACACAAGUUUUUCGCUUCAUCCCUGUGCUCCUCAUAUCCACCUUCAUCCUCGCGGCGGCACUUUUGGUGACCAAUGCCCGUAUGCCAGAUCCGAAGCUUGUGCGUCCUUUGCCGGACAUCGGCUUUGAGUUGUUCGCAAAAAUUGAAUGGCUUGAGACCGUUACAGAUGUUUGUAUCGCCAUUCUCAACGUAAUAAGUGUGCUUCUUGUGCUAAAGCUGUACCUUCUUCACCGGCAGAACGAAGGAGAAGCGGAAUUGGUGAUGCCAUUCAAUAUUCCAUUUGUCAGCCGGUUUCUUUUUGGUGUCUGGGAUGGAGGCUACAUCUGUGAUAUUGGAAAGCGUGACGUUCAUUUAAUUGCCUGUAUCCGCUUUUUGGCUUCGUACUCUGUCAUGCUGUUGUUCCGAUCCCUUGUUAUCACGAUGACGUCGUACCCUGCGACAGACAACAAGUGCCAGGAGCCGGUGGAAAUCACGGAUCCGCUAAAAAACAUUUUUUUGACGGUGGUAACGCUGGGGUCUGGGUCCAUUCACUGCGGAGACCUCAUGUUCAGUGGUCACACCAUCAUAAUCACGCUCAACCUCAUGUUACACUGGACAUAUGGGCCGUUGUUGCACUGGUUUUUUCGUCCCGUAUCCAUUGUGCUUGUAACAUUCAGUUUUUACUGUAUCAUCGCCUCCCGCUCCCACUACACAGAUGAUAUUCUCGUGGCGUUCUACUCAACAGCCGCUACGUUUUUGGUGAUGCGCCACUCACCCGAUGGUGCACCCUGGCAACUGCAAUUAAUAAUUCGAUGGUGGCCCUGUUGUGGACCCAACUCGCAGCCAACGGAACAGGGAGCCCAGGUGACCAUUGUGGUCUGCGAUGAAGCUCCGCACCGUCGUGAAACUGCAACGGAAGGGGAGGAGAAUGGAAAGAUCACCGCUGUCACCGUCGAUAGGAGUGAUGGAAAGGAGAAUGGAAUAGAUUCUUUGCGCGAAGCCCUGGCCAAUUCCCCUAGAGAUAGAUGGGGCAUGUGA